AUGAUUCAAUACCCGUCAACCAUCAUCCCCACGGAUAAAAUCCUCACAGAGCAAACGGCUGGGCUGGUUCGGACUAGUCGUCGGGCUAAGGGCAGCGGAAGCAGUCGGUUCGAUAAACUCGUGCAAGACCUCAAGGAUGCCCUCGGGCCAUCGUCAGGCUUAACGUCCGACGACGUAGAUGUCGAACAUCUAACCCGACUCUUUGAACAAUAUGACCCUGCCGAUAAGGGAUGGAGAUCGUAUUUCUUUGGAGAUGCCUCACGGGAUUACACCCGCAACCUGGUGGACGAGGGAAAUGGAAAGAGCAAUCUUUUGGUGCUUGUCUGGACUCCCGGGAAGUCGAGCCCGAUCCAUGACCAUGGCAAUGCUCAUUGCCUAGUGAAGAUACUCAAAGGAAACCUGACGGAAACUCGAUACGAGUUUCCCAAGGAGAGCGAAGAGGGCAAGCCGAUGACCGUCAUCUCAGAACGGGUUCAUUCAGAGAAUGCUGUAGCAUACAUGUCUGAUGAACUCGGCGUUCAUCGGAUGAGCAAUACCGGCAGCGACUUCGCUGUGUCUCUUCACUUGUACACCCCUCCAAACGUUGCCAAGGGUGGAUGCAACAUCUUCGACCUGGGAACGAGCAAGAAGCGCCACAUCAAGAAAUGUGGGUAUUAUUCGGCGUAUGGGGAGCUUGUGUGCGAGUAG